UACCUGAUAAAUUAUGACCUCACCUUCCUGACAAUGAAGACCAGGCUACCAAGACCACCCACCAGGAGGCCCUCUGGGGCUCAUGCUCCACCAAAACCUGUCAAACCUAACAAGGCUUCCAGACCCUGAGACCCAGGGCUAGGCAGAGCAUUGGUAGAAGUGUGCCCUCUUCCUUACCUCCAGGAGGCCCACAUCCCGAAGUGGCCAUUGGUCCUAAUGAUUGGAAGACUGAUUAUAUCUAGUGAGUUCUUUAUGUAAUUAAUAUCUCAAUCAGUACAUUAAGGUUCCCUUUAAUAAUGGUCUAGGUGGAUUUGAUAGGGAAAAAAUAAAAUAUUAGCUAAGAAAAUGGUACCCUCUCUUUCUGAUGCUUUGGCAUCUCAUAUUCCUUUUUUCAUAAAUCCAGCUCCCGGAACUCAAGAGUUCUGUGAUCUAGAAUUGUCAGUCUCAGGUUGGGAACAUCUGAUUCCAGUGCAGAAGCUGCAGGGCAGCUGGUCAUUAGAGUAGGAUAUGAAAGUUCCCUUUCUUAUCUCCACCUUCCUGUGAGGUCCCUGGGGAGAAAAGGGGCAAGAUCUUGGUCUGGUAAUCAAUUUUUCAUUGUCCUGGAUCGAUCUCACUUUUGAGUGCAAUUGCAAGAGAAUAGGCCUGAGUCUUGCUGUAGUAAGUUAGCAACUGGCCUUAUAGCAUGAUGAGGAUCUGACAUGGAUGGUGCUGGGGGUCUAGAUAUUCUCAAUAAAGAAUCAUUGGUUUGAUAGCAGAAGGUCUCCUGGCCAACGGCCUAUCAUCCCUUUGCUUGUCUUCAACACACUGGAAACAUAUGGGCUCGAGCUUUUUGCUUGUUCCUUAGCUAUCUGUGUGGUGCUCCUCCCUCUCCAGGCAGGUGGAUGGAAUAUAUAAAAUCCAGACCCUGAAGUCUUCCUAGUAACACAGAAUAUGCAUACAAUUUCAUAUAUACAUUCGAUAAGACAUGUACACUCUCACUCAUAUAAAUAAUUAUUUCCAUCUGCAUCUAAAUAAAAACCAAACACAAUUCUCCAAAUUUACAUGGGACCAAGAAUCCAGCUUUUUAGUUGCCUGUAUUUGUCCCCUUAAGAAUUUUACUACUAACCACCUCCUCUCCCACCUCUUGAUUUACAGACGACAUUCCCCCUUAAUGCUUUGACAUAAAGGUGGGCACACAAGAGUGGGUUAGGACAUUGAAACAAAUCAUUCUAAAACUUCUGUUAUAUUGACAUGUAGAAGAGACCAAGUGAUAUGUGAAUAAAAGGCAUAUUAUAAAAAAGAGCUAAUUCACAUUUAGUUUGGCAUGUGCCUAUGAAGAGCCUUCCUGGUUAGCCCUACUCCUGCUCCCUAGGACAGAGGAAAAUUUUCCCCACCACAUGGGAGCACAAUUAAAUAUAGAAUCCCAAAGUCUAGACUCUAUAUAAGACCCAAAUUUCCAGAUCAUUAAAAAAAUUAAUGCACUUCUUCCUAUGGGAGAGACUGCAUUCUUAUAGGAAUGUGGCUUUAUCUAUGGCUUCAGUAGACCCAACUUUUCAUACAAGUCUAACAUCCCUAUAAGGAACAUACACACAGCAUCACACAGAAACACACAUCCCACAUUUAAAAAUAUGGUUUUUAUUUACUUUUUUGUUUUCUUACUAGUUCCAUCCAGAGAACUUUGUCCCUGUUUUCUGGAAAAUUAUUUUAUUUUAUUGUAGAGCCCUGGACCCCUAAAUAUGUCCUCCUUCCCCAGCUGGCCCAGGGUGACUGCGAGGAUAGAGUUGACAUCACAAUAUCCCUUUUCUGAGGAUUCAUGCCCUUAGUGGGUGGGGUAGGAGGAGGGGUAACCCUAGGAGAAGUCAUCACCACUUUGUCCACCAUGGGUGAAGUAUGAAUCAGUAGCUAUGCCAGGCCUCAGCUGGGCCACAUCUGGAGAACAGGGGUGAGGGCACAACAUCACAAAAUAUCUGGCCCCAGUCUGGUCACUCAUCCCUUUUAGGGCAACAAGGAAACUAUCCUGUGGCCUGAGAGCACAAUACCUGAGACAAAGGCCAGCAGAAACAUUUGUCUGCCCUCACCCUUUCUGCCCCAGCUUCCACCUGCUCCCCAUCUGCCCACCCACUAAAGCCCAUGUCGCAUGCCAUCUCUUGAACAUCCAGGAUGUCCCAGAGUGGAUGUCCACCAGGUCUGCUGGCAGACAAAAAUAUCUCUUCAAGUGCCACUCGAGUGAUAGUGAAGACUGCAGGCAACCAGAAAGACUUUAUGGUAGCUGAUGACAUCUCGGUAAGGCAGUUCAAGGAGAUGCUAUUGGCUCACUUCCAAUGCCAGAUGGACCAACUAGUGCCGGUCUUCAUGGGUUGCCUUCUCAAAGACCAUGACACACUGAGCCAGAGGGGCAUCAUGGAUGGCCACACCAUCUACUUGGUCAUCAAGUCCAAGCAGGGCUCCAGAUCUCUAGCCCAUUCCUUCCGGGACCUGCCAACGAAUGAUCCCUGCCACCGGGACAGAAACACCAAAGGAAACAGCAGCAGAGUGCACCAACCAACUGGUAUGAAUCAAGCUCCAGUGGAACUGGCCCACUUUGUGGGGUCUGAUGCACCCAAAGUGCAUACCCAAAACUUGGAAGUGAGCCACCCAGAGUGCAGAGCACAGAUGCUGGAGAAUCCUAGCAUCCAGCGGCUUCUGUCCAACAUGGAGUUCAUGUGGCAGUUCAUUUCAGAACAUCUAGACACGCAACAAUUGAUGCAGCAGAACCCAGAAGUUUCCCGCCUUCUUCUUGAUAAUUCUGAGACCCUAUUGCAGACUCUGGAGCUGGCCAGGAACCUUGCUAUGAUCCAAGAGAUAAUGCAGAUCCAACAACCUUCACAAAACCUUGAGUAUCCACUGAACCCACAGCCAUAUCUGGGCUUAGAGAAAAUGCCAGGUGGGAAUAAUGCCCUGGGUCGGAACUAUGCUGAUAUCAAUGAUCAAAUGCUGAACAGCAUGCAAGAUCCUUUUGGAGGAAACCCUUUCACAGCUCUCCUGGCAGGACAAGUGCUAGAACAAGUCCAGUCUUCACCCCCACCUCCACUGCCAUCACAGGAACAACAAGACCAGCUCACACAGCAUCCUGCAACCCGAGUCAUCUAUAAUAGCUCUGGUGGUUUCUCUUCAAACACCUCAGCCAAUGACACCCCUAACAAGGUCAACCACACUUCCAAAGCCAACACUGCUAUGAUCUCCACCAAGGGCCAGAGCCAUAUCUGUGCCACUCGGCAGCCAGCUGGGAUACCAGCCUUACCUAGCAUAGAGCUUACCCAGCAGCUUCAAGAAGAAUACAAGGAUGCCACUGUUUCUCUAAGUAGCUCCAGACAGACAUUAAAGGGUGAUCUCCAGCUGUCAGAUGAGCAGACCAGCUCCCAGAUCACAGGAGGCAUGAUGCAGUUGCUUAUGAACAACCCCUACCUGGCAGCUCAGAUUAUGUUGUUCACAAGUAUGCCCCAGCUGAGUGAAGAGUGGAGGCAGCAGCUGCCCACAUUCCUGCAGCAGACACAGAUUUCUGAUCUGCUUAGUGCUUAGGCAACCCUAAAGCAUUCCAAGCAAUAUUGCAGAUUGAGCAGGCCCUCCAGCUGCUGGCCACAGAGGCUCCUGUUCUUCUGCCUUGGGUUGCACCCUACCUAUGGGGCCUGGGUUGGCUUCCUGCCCCCAGCUGCAGCUAUCCUGACACAGUGCCCUGUUCCUGGAAUGUUUCAGAUACAGCUGAGCCCAAGGGACCUGAGUGCUGCCACAAGCCUGGAACAGUCCUGCAGAGGCUACAAUCCCCGGAUGGGGACCCUUCCCACCCUCUGCAAGCUCCUGAGAUUCGUUUUAGCAAACAGAUGGAUUCUCUCCAGGCCAUGGGAUUUGGGAACCACCAUGCCAGUCUACAGGCACUCAUUGCUACUGAAGGGGACACCAAUGCUGCUAUCCACAAGCUCAAGAGAUCCCAGAGAUUCUAACCACCAUGCCUACUUGUUUGCUUGCUACCUGCCUGCUGACCCACCUGACCAUCUCAUUUGCCUUUUGCACCUUUCCUGAUGCUUCCAGCCAGGAGAAGUCCUGGAAUAAGAGUUAUCAACCAAUGUGUCUUGUACUGAAUAAUAGAUCAUUGGCCAUGGCUGAAACAUCUGUCAAUAAAAUGGCUACACUCA